GGCUGGUGGAGCAGGCGGAGUCUGGGCGGAGCUUGCGACUAUUUUAGGCGGGCUCCUCCAGGGCCGGGACUAAGGCGUCCUGUCCUGGACACAGCCUGAGCCAGGGCGAUGCUGAAGAUGGUGACUUUCUUCCAAGGGCUUCCUGGCCAGCAGUCUGUGCCAGGGACCCUGGACUUCGCUGGAAGCCCCCAAAAGCCACGUUCCAUAUCCGAGGCAGAAUCAGAGACUUCCAUGUCUGAGGCUUCCUCUGAGGACCUGAUGCCCUCCCAGGAGGCUCCCGAUGGGGAAGAGGAGUCUGCAAAGAAGAAGGAAAAGAAGUCCAAAGGACUGGUGAACAUGUUCAGUGUCUUCACCAAAGGGAAAAAGAAAAAAAAGGACCAGCCCAGAUUAUCAGAUCCGGAAGUGCCACCCAAGUCCAGGUCCGAGUUAGAUGGUCCACUGCCCACAGUGGAGGAGCUCAAGGAGGCCCUGGAGCGCGGGCGGCUGGAGGUGGCGUGGCAGGUGCUGGCGUUAGAACGGCAGCUCGAGGCUGCGGCGGCGGCGGGUGGCACGAGCGACGAGGAGCUGGUGUGGCGGCAGAGCAAGGUGGAGGCGCUGUACGUGCUGCUGCGCGACCAGGUGCUCGGGGUGCUGCGGCGGCCGCUGGAGGUGGCGCCCGAGCGGCUGAGCCAGGCGCUGGCCGUGGUGUCGCAGGAGGAGCUCGAGGACCGCCGGGCGUCCGGGGGACCCUUGGCGGCGGCACUGGAGGCCACGCGCCCGCGGCGAUGGCUACAGCUGUGGAGGGGCGUCGUGGCGGAGGUGGCAGCGGAGCGUCUGGACGCGCAGCCGGCCACGGUGCCCGAGGGCCGCUCCGAGGCCGAGAGCAGGUUCCUACACAUGGGCCGCACCAUGAAGGAGGAUCUGGAGGUGGUGGUGGAGCGGCUGAAACCGCUGUUCCCCGACGAGUUCAACGUGGUGCACACCUACGCCGAGCGCUACCACGAGCACUUCGCAAGCCACCUGUGCACCUUGGCGCAGUUCGAGCUGUGUGAAAGGGACACCUACUUGCUGCUGCUCUGGGUGCAGAACCUCUAUCCCAAUGAUAUUCUCAACAGCCCUAAGUUGGCACAGGAGCUUCAGGGUGUCCGGCUUGGGAGCCUCCUGCCUCCAAAGCAGAUCAGAUUGCUGGAGGCCAUGUUCCUGUCCAAUGAAGUGACCAACGUGAAGCUGCUCAUGACCCGAGCUUUGGAGCUAGAGUCUCAGCGCUGGGCCCAGGAUGUGGCUCCCCAGAGCUUGGAUGGCCACUGUCACAGUGAGCUGGCCAUCGACAUUCUCCAGAUCAUCUCACAAGGCCAGACCAAGGCUGAGAACAUCACUUCCGAUGUGGGGAUGCAGAUAAAGCAGUUGCUACUGGUGGAGCUGGCUGCGCUACUGAGGAGCUACCAGCGCACCUUUGAUGAGUUUCUAGAGAAAAGCAAACUCCUGAGAAAUUAUAGAGUGAACAUCAUCGCCAACAUCAACAACUGCCUGUCCUUCCGCACUUCUGUGGAGCAGAGGUGGCAGAUACCUCAUGAGUCUCUGAACCGCCUGGUGGAGCCUUUAAAAGACCUCAAGGCUCAUGGCUUCGACACCCUGCUCCAGAGCCUGUUUUCAGACCUGAAGCCACUCUUUAAGAAGUUCACACAGACCCGCUGGGCAAAGCCAGUUGAGACCCUGGAGGAAAUCAUCAGUACUGUGAGCGUCAGCCUGCCUGAAUUCUCAGAGCUGCAGGACUGUUUCCGGGAGGAGCUCAUAGAGGCUGUGCACCUGCACCUGGUGAAGGAGUACAUCAUCCGGCUCAGCAAACGGCGUCUGGUCCUCAAGACUGCUGAGCAGCAGCAGCAGCUGGCAAGGCACAUCCUCGCCAACGCGGACGCCAUUCAGCACUUCUGCACUGAGAGCGGCUCCACUGCAACCUGGCUACACCCUGCCCUCCCUACGAUCGCUGAGAUUAUUCGCCUGCAAGAUCCCAGCGCCAUUAAGAUUGAGGUGGCCACAUAUGCCACGUGGUACCCUGACUUCAGCAAAGGCCACCUGAACGCCAUCCUGGCCAUCAAGGGCAAUCUACCGAGCAGUGACGUCAGGAGCAUCCGGAACAUACUGGACAUCAACACAGGAGUGCAGGAACCUUCCAGACCCCUGUUCUCCCUUAUAAAAGUUGCUUAGCUUUUCCAAAAGUCUGAUAUGCUAAUGAGACCCAGGGAACAUCGGGCACAACUCCAGUCUGGGGUGCUCAGUGGCGCCAGCUCCAUGACCCAUCACCAGGCUCCCACAUUCUGCUUCUGCCCAGCCCAGUUCUGGAACAAGAUCUGGCAGCCAAGAUUGGACCGGUGCUGGUCCAUUGGGGUCCAGACCCCACUCAAGGGAGUUGACAUGUGAGCAUGCAAGAGAUUUCUUGUAAAUGAUUAUUCGUCUCAGGUAGAGUGACCUCUGCCUACCUACACUGUAGUCUGCCUUUUAAUGGCCUGAAUAGCCCCGCCCAGCUCCCUAGGACCAGGGAAGAAGCCUCAUAACUGUUUCCUUCAGCCCAGGGAUGUCAUGAGAUAGAACUGAAAACACAGGAAGAAAGAAGGGAUAGCAUCUGAUCUGGGUCCUGGAAGGAGGCCUGUGAAGGGGCAGUGACAGAGCUAGCCCCUGCCAAGUGGCUCCUGGUACCACUCAGCUAGAAGGGCCCUCUUAUUCACUCCCCUGGGCUGCCCUUGGUGGUCUAUGUUUGUGUUUGGGGAGUGACCCUGGAGGCCUUGGCAGAGCACGGGCCUCCUGGGUUCUCUCAGAUCGCAUCUUGUUUCAUUUAGAAAUAAGCCAAAGGCUACCCUCUGGAGUCUGGUGGGAAUACAGGGGUCUGGCAAGCACUUUAUUAGCUUCCUGUUGGUGCUGUACCAAAUUUCCACACCAAGUGGGUUUGAACUACAACUUUUCCUUCGGUUCUGCAAACCAGAAGUCUGAUACAGGACUGAAAUCUAAAUGUGGUCAGGGCCCAUUGCUGCUGGAAGCCCCAGGGAGAAUGGUUUCCUGGUCUUUCCCAGUCUUUAGGGGUUACCCACAUCUCUUGUCUAAGACCCUACUACCUUCAGAGCCAGAGACAGCUACACAUGUUCCUCAGGCCACCACAGGUCCACUGGUUCAGAACCCACUGUGAUUUAGGAUCCCCAUGACCACAGCCUCCUCGAUUCCAGCUGCAACGUUAACUCCUGUCACCUGAUAGUUAUUGGCUGUGAGGACCAGUGGCCACGGGGGUCUACCCUGGAAAACAGGAAUGCAGUUUGCCACCACAGCACCUGCACUCCUUAGACCCACUCCGCUCUAGCCGUGAGAGCCCUACUCAGCACUGCCCCAGCCUUGAUUCUCCGGGGUUCGAGGCUGGGAUUCAGAGCCUCUCCUUGCCCUAUGGAGCUGGCCAGGGUGAGUGAUGCACACGGCUUUUGUACUCUUGUAGACAUUAGCUUGUCGAUGACAUUAAUAUUGUUAAUAUUGUUUUUAUAGUGUUGAUUUUGUAUGCAUGUACUCAGGACAGAAUCCAGAGGGUUUUUUGUUUUUUUUUUUUUUUUUUAAAUAUAGCUCGAUAUUUCAAAAGUGA